AUGAACAUAAUCUCUUUUAUUGUUUUUCUCGUCUUUAGCAAUCACUUGUUUCGCUUGCCACUCCUCGCUUCUGCCCAAGAUGCUCCUGUAUUUAUCCAAGGUGGAUUUGAAGAAGCCACCGUGGAUGAUGAGUCCGUCUACAACACUGGUGGAACCAUUACCGUCAAUGGAUUCAACAUGAUUGUCCCCAAGAAUCUCCAAAUACAGUUCCCAGCGGCCUGGGUUCCCUGGAAAGACUUUGUGGCUAGUAAGGCAGACUUUGCUGGCUUUGAGACUCUGGUUAUGGGAAAUACCAUCAAUGGGGUUCACCGCGUAGCCCAAGUUGUCAUCUAUGAAUUUUUCGAAGGUCUUGCCAGCGGCUUCAUCGAGUCACUCGAUUAUGCGGAUGGAAGCCUCAAAAUCCAGAACGGUCCUACUGUCCGCAUCAGCGACCCCAAUGGUGCAUUUUCUGUCGGUUAUGAUGGGGCUCCCCUUAUGACAGCCGACGACCAGAGUCCUAGCAUCUCGUCUUUCUCUGGCUUUCCGAUGUGCAUCCCGCGGAACAGCUCUGAUCCUCUUUGCCCUCUCAGCAACAGGCCUUUCAACGGCCCUGGAACCUUCACCGCCCCUGAUCCCCUUGUGAUGGCACCUUUCUUACCGGGAGACUUUAUCACUUUCUCCGGCUUUCGUAAAGGAAGUGAGGUCGUUGCUUUUAGCAUUGUGGCGCAAAACGUCCAGAUUCUGACUCUCGGAGAUAUUGUCUAUGUUCGGAUGGAGCUGGGUCUUCUUGGCAUCGAUAACCCGAACCCAAAUGCAGAAAUUUCAGACUCCAGGUUCAUUGGUUUCACGUCGAACAACCGGGCGACUGUUGCUCUGUACGCUAUGGAUGUCGACCCUUGCACAGGAGAGCCAAAAGACCGCCUUAUCGCCACUAUGGGCUUACGUGGAGGCCGCAACGAACAGAAUAAGUUCGAAUAUCGAAACGAUAUCUUGCACUCUUACACUCGAGAGUACAGAGUCACUGCAGAGAUAAACGGUGUUUCGAAAACACGCACCACUAAGAAUGGUAUCGUCGCUGGGACGUAUGUGCAGCCGGUCAAUGUUUGGGUUCAGGCCGAGCAGAAUAUUCCUGGAACGCCACCAGUUCCUAACGACUUUUCAGAGAUGGGCUUUCUCACUAAGGGUGUAGGGCGAGAUCAAAAGGGGAACAUCUGGGGCCCACUUGAUCCAUUCCCCCAGACGGGUGUCUUUAUUGAAGCACCUACUUGUGCUGAUACUCGUUCUGUAUGA